AGAGAGAGAGCGAGAGAGCGAGAGAGCGAGGUCUCUUCCCUAUAUAUACCCAGCGAAGCCUCCCAAACGUAAAGCACCUCCACUCCUCCACACAUCUCUCUCUCCCUCUCUCUGCGAAUUCCUUGGAUUCUGUGCGAGACUCCCAUUUCUCGCUCUCGUUCUCUUCCUAAGCUCAGCUUGACCAACAGCUAGAGACAGCGGAAGGCAUUUCGGGAUCUCCCAGAUAUUUUGGUGAGGGAUUUCAUUUGAAGUGACUCGCGAGGAAGAAGAAGAAGAAGAAGCACCGGAGAAAGAAAUGGCCAAGAACGUUGGAAUUCUCGCCGCCGAUAUCUACUUCCCUCCUACCUGUAUUCAGCAGGAAGCCUUGGAGGCUCACGAUGGUGCAAGCAAAGGAAAGUACACUAUCGGACUUGGACAAGAUUGCAUGGCAUUUUGUUCAGAGGUGGAAGAUGUCAUCUCCAUGAGUUUGACAGUGGUUACCUCCCUUCUUGAGAAAUAUGGGAUUGAUCCAAAACAAAUUGGUCGGCUGGAAGUAGGCAGCGAAACUGUCAUAGACAAAAGCAAAUCUAUUAAGACCUUCCUGAUGACAGUUUUUGAGAAACAUGGAAAUACUGACAUUGAAGGUGUCGACUCAACUAAUGCAUGCUAUGGGGGUACUGCAGCUUUAUUCAACUGUGUGAAUUGGGUGGAGAGUAGCUCGUGGGAUGGACGCUAUGGGCUUGUCGUGUGCACUGACAGUGCGGUCUAUGCAGAAGGACCGGCCCGACCAACUGGUGGAGCAGCUGCUAUUGCUUUGCUGAUUGGACCUGAUGCUCCUAUUGCUUUUGAAAGCAAAAUUAGGGGAAGUCAUAUGGCUCACGUCUAUGAUUUUUACAAACCUGACCUUGCUAGUGAAUAUCCGGUUGUUGAUGGAAAACUUUCUCAAACAUGUUAUCUGAAGGCUCUUGAUUCUUGCUACAAGGAAUUAUGUAAAAAGUAUGAGAAAUUGGAAGGCAAACAAUUUUCUCUGGCUGAUGCUGAGUAUUUCGUAUUUCAUUCUCCUUAUAACAAGCUUGUACAAAAAAGCUUUGCCCGUUUGGUAUUCAAUGACUCCGUGAGGAAUGCCAGCUCCAUUGAUGAGGCCGCUAAAGAAAAGCUGGCCCCAUUUGCGAGCCUCCCUGGUGAUGAGAGCUACCAAAGCCGGGAUCUUGAAAAGGUAUCCCAGCAAGUUGCAAAGCCCCUAUAUGACGCUAAGGUGCAACCAACAACUUUGGUGCCAAAGCAAGUUGGGAACAUGUACACUGCAUCUCUUUAUGCGGCAUUUGUAUCACUCCUCCAUAAUAAGCACAGCUCAUUGGAUGGCAAGCGGGUGAUACUCUUCUCUUAUGGAAGUGGCUCAACUGCUACUAUGUUCUCGUUGCGCCUCAAUGCCGGUCAACAUCCCUUUAGCUUGGAGAACAUUGCAGCAGUGUUGAAUGUUGGAGAAAAGUUGAAGUCAAGACAUGAGUUCCCUCCCGAGAAGUUUGUUGAAGUUAUGAAGAUCAUGGAGCAUAGGUAUGGAGGCAAAGACUUUGUGACAAACCAGGACAUUAGCCUUCUACUUCCAGGCACAUACUAUCUUACUGAAGUUGACUCUAAGUACCGUAGAUUCUACGCCAAGAAGGAAGGAGGCAGUACUGCCGCCGUCACCUCCAAUGAGAAUGGUGUGGUUGCCAACGGUCACUGAUGAACAUAUCCAAGUCUGUAAAUGCCAAGAAGUAGGCAUUUAUGUUAUUAGAUGUCAGUUGUAACUCGUAAAGCAGAACAUCAUACAUCUCCGGCUUCCAUUAAGUUUGUACGUUAAAAGCAAAUAGUUUGUUUCGCAGCAAGUGUUGACAGGUUAAAAUUGUUAUUAUUAUUAUUAUUUUUUCUUUUUGAUAAUAAAUUGUUCAAUAAAAAUUAGUUUCGCGAUUGUUAAAAA